GUUUUAAUUUGAUGGGGUAGCAUAUAGGCACGCUGAUGGGUACCUCGGGGCUACUAAAUAAUUUCUCUAAAAGUAUACAUUGUUAUCAAAUAAAAUAAAAUAAAAUGUCAUGGGAUUCAUUCUGUUUCUCUAUUACGGAGUAUUUAAGCUAAAGAGUCCAGAUAGAGAGAAAGAAAGUGUGAUUCUCUUUUCUUUUCUUUUCUUUUUUUUUUUCUUUUUUUAUUUAUUAUUUUUUUUUUAUCACUAUUUGAUUCCUAUUCUUUUUCACUUUCUUGUCACUCCUUCUUUCUUUCCCUUUCACUAUUUGAUUCCUAUUCUUUUUCACUUCCUUGUCACUCUUUCUUUCUUUCCCUUUCACUACUUGUAUCCCACCUCGUACUUUCCAUUUCACACGCAUAUAGAUAAAUGUUUUCUCUCUUGCUUGCUGAUUAAGAUUAAAAACAUCUUUCAUCAUUAUUGGGACUCUUUGUCAAACUCCCCAUUUCGUAGGCUUGUUGCCUGGUGCAUCUUUCAUCAUUAUUGGGACUCUUUGUCAAACUCCCCAUUUCGUAGGCUUGUUGCCUGGUGCUUCUAUAUGAAUGGCAUCAUCUUCCACUCCAAAACAACCGUCUCACGCCCAUAUCGGUGGUCCGCCUGAUUUAAGAAGGCGUCUGGCAGUGUACAAAGCUACAAUGAAAGACGACUGGGAGAGGGCCCAAGAUGAAGAUAUGGCGACAGCGUAUAUCAAUGGAUACCACGAAACACUACUCCACAGAGCAGUCGGAACAGGUAGAUCAAUUCAUUUUGUCGAGAAGUUGGUAGAACUAAUGCCAAAGGAGGCACUUGUUUUACAAAAUCUUCGAAACGACACAGCCCUCAGUGUUGCAGCCAGGUUGGGCAACACAAAAGCUGCAAUUAUAUUGGUGGACAAAAACCCAGAUUUGCUUCAAAUGAAGAAUAAUGAUGGUUUGUUUCCAGUUCACUUGGCUGCCUUGUAUGCCCACAAGGAAACACUUUUAUAUUUAAUGAAGGCAACCACAGACCAUCACCAUCCCACUCCGUAUGCAGACCAUUAUUCUGGUGUCCUGCUUCUCGUUCAACUAAUAGUUUCUGGAUUCUAUGACGUGGCUCUGGAUUUGGUUCAUCACCACCCUGAUUUGAGUACAAAAUUCAUGAGAAUUGAAAAUAAUGACUAUCCUCUAAAAGCAAUAGCUAGAAAGGCAUCUGCAUUCAGGAGUGGAUGUCGCCUCAACUUUUGGCAGCGUUUCAUCUAUUCUAGUGUUCCUGUGAAGUUGGAGAACUACCCUAACAACAACCCAAAUACCUGUGACACUCAGAAUCCAGCAGACAUCUCUCAAGUUCCUCCGCAGAUGAGUGGCAGAGAAAACUACUACUACUACUUUGGUACGCUACGCCAUAAAUUGCGUGUCCUACUUGCCAAAGCCAUGUUAUUAGUACCGCAUAUCAAGCACAUUCAAGAAAAAAUGUCGGGGCAUGAUCAAGCUCUUCAACUCGUCAAACGCUUGUGCGAAGGAUUAAUCCAUUCAAUUACUGAUUUCGACGACACAUUCUGGAACUUCAACGAACCAACCCUUGAGGCAGCAAGGCAUGGUAUUCAUGAGGUUUUACAAGAACUAGUGGAUACAUUUCCCGAUGCAAUUUGGUCCCGUGAUGCAAAUGAACAUUACAUAUUUCAAUUUGCAAUUAUAAAUCGUAAUGAAAAUGUUUUCAACCUCAUGUAUCAAAUGAGUGAAUUUAUGCAGUACAUGAUAAACUUAAUAGACAAAAAUGGUGACACUUUAUUGCACGUGGCUGGAAAGUUGGCACCUCAACAUAAACUCAAUCUAGUUUCUGGUGCAGCUCUGCAGAUGCAGCGUGAGUUACAAUGGUUUAAGGAAGUGGAGAAGUUUGUAAUCCCUGCCUACAGAGAAAUGAAAAACAAAGAUGAAAAAACUGCAGCAAUGAUAUUUAGUGAGGAACACGAGAAUUUGGUAAGAGAAGGAGAGAAAUGGAUGAAAGACACAUCAAAUUCAUGCACAAUUGCAGCAGCACUUAUUGCCACUGUAGUAUUUGCAGCGGCUAUUACUGUACCAGGCGACUACAAUGAUUAUGGCCUCCCAAAUUUUAACAAAGAAAUUGGCUUCAUAAUCUUUGCCAUGUCGGACGCAAUCUCUCUGUUCACAUCCUCAGCUUCCUUGUUAAUGUUUUUGUCCAUACUCACAUCACGCUAUGCCGAACAAGAUUUUCUCUAUAGUCUACCAAAAAGGUUGAUUAUCGGUCUUGUUACCUUGUUCCUCUCAAUAACAUCCAUGAUGAUAACCUUCAGUGCCACGCUUUAUCUUGUGUUUGGACAUAAAAAAGCAUGGAUUCUUAUCCCAACGGCUGCAUUAGCCUGUUUACCAGUCACCUUGUUUGUUUCCUUGCAAUUCCCCCUACUAGUGGAUGUGAUCUCUUCGACAUAUGGUCCUGGCAUUUUCGGUAAGCAAAGUGAUCGUCCAUUCUACUAAGAACAUCCAAGAAUUUAGGUGCAGAGAAGUUUGGGUUGCUUUCUGCUGUAGAAGUAGUCGAGGCUUGUCUUCUGUUGUAAUUAUGCAUUCUCAUCCUGUUGUAUUUUUUAUCUGUUUUGGCUUCAAAUGAAGAACAAGGAUGGUUUGUUUCCAAUCCACUUGGUUGCUUUGUAUACUUUUAUAUUUCAAUGAACGCAACCAAACACCAUCACCAUCUCUCCCCA